AUGGCCGCGUUAACAACCUCCGCGCCCGACGAAAAAUUCCACGUCUCCGCCAUCCUCCAGCGAAAGAAGCAAUGCUCGACCCCGGAACUCCUGCUGGUCUUCAAAGAGGAGCCCGCGCGAGAGAAUGGAGUCACACUGAUCGGGCGCAUCAAGCACAGCAACCCCUACCCCGAGCCCAACGAGCCCUAUUCGUCAAGCCACCAGAUCUCAGUCCACGUCGAGAAACAAGACAAUCCGACAUCCCAGACUAAGGCCAAGUGUAAGUACAAGGUCGAGGCAUUUCUCGGCACGUUCCCUAGGGUCGGGAGGGCCGUUGUCGAAGACCACCUGCCUGCUAUCAUUGGACGCCUUAAGAACGAGGGCUUCCUUGUCCGCAACCCCGAGGCUGAGAUGUUGAGCCUGCAGCAGAUUGACCGUUUCGCGAAGGAGUUGCAGGAUGUGUUCUUGAUGCUGGGGGAUAUGAGAGGGGGAGCGGUUCUUUAUUUGGAUUUUCAGGGUUAUGAGGUGCCGGAGUUUGUUGGGGUGAAUUGA